CUUUCAUUCAUCUUGAUCUUCCAUUACCUCCGACAACUUCCCUCUCAAUCACACUCGCGAGCGUCCUAACACCACCGCGACCUAGCCUCACCAUCAACUCCCCUCUCUGAUAGCCUUUCACAUCCACAGUCCUCAAUCACUAUGGCUGAAGCUGCACAAGGCCCACCGACUUUCAAGCUCGUCUUGGUUGGUGAUGGCGGUACUGGCAAGACCACCUUUGUGAAGCGCCAUUUGACCGGUGAAUUCGAAAAGAAGUACAUCGCCACUUUGGGCGUCGAAGUCCAUCCUCUCGGCUUCUCCACGAAUCUGGGUCAAAUCCAAUUCGAUGUCUGGGACACUGCUGGCCAGGAGAAGUUCGGCGGUCUAAGAGAUGGCUACUACAUCAACGGACAAUGCGGCAUCAUCAUGUUUGAUGUCACCUCAAGAAUCACCUACAAGAACGUUCCCAACUGGCAUCGUGACCUUGUCCGUGUUUGCGAAAAUGUCCCCAUCGUCCUCUGUGGCAACAAGGUUGAUGUCAAGGAGCGUAAAGUCAAGGCGAAGACGAUUACAUUCCAUCGCAAGAAGAAUCUCCAAUAUUACGACAUUUCUGCCAAGUCCAAUUAUAACUUUGAAAAGCCCUUCCUGUGGUUGGCCCGAAAGUUGGUUGGCAAUCCCCAGCUUGAGUUUGUCGCAGCUCCUGCUCUUGCGCCCCCAGAGGUUCAGAUCAACCAACAGCUGUUGGAUCAAUACCACAAGGAGAUGACCGAAGCCGCAGCCAUGCCUCUGCCUGACGAAGAAGAUCCCGACUUGUAGGUUAGGCAAAGAUAAUGCCUUUCCUAGAUUGGCAGCUAUGGGCUCCAUGGACGUCUUGAAUAUUCACAAAUUGAUGGGAUGGGGUUCAGCGAGACGACGAUGCAGGACGUUCUGACGUGUGUUUAUUGCAAGGCAGAGAACGAGAGCUGGUUUGAGCUGCUGCACUCCAGCGAUGGGGAAGGCACGGACAAACGAGGGGCAGCACUGCUUUCAAAAAGCAGUCAUCUUCAACUGCGUCCCUAGUGACGAUUACGAAACGAAAUCUUGUAUGUAUGUUGCUCUCAGCCACACCUCCUGAGAGGGCAUACCAUAUCAAGCUCCUCCUUUUUUCCUCCAGCAGUCUAGACAGAUUCAAUAGCAUAGCGAGAAUAUCAAAACCAAUGAUGCGGAGAGGGGCAUCAACCAACACGAGCCUCUCGCGCGUCUUUGUCGAUGUGGCUAGACGCACGGACUCAUAAAUUGGUAUUCUUGGAAAGAAAGAAAAAAGAACUCUUGCAACGGUGACGACCAAAAAAGGCACAGCGAAGAUGUCCUGUUCAAACUAGAUCUACGAAUUGAUCAAAUAUAAUCACCAGGUGAAUUAUUAAUGUCUUGUUAGAAAGGCGGGCAUAGUCAGUAUGGGAGG